CCCUCAUCCCUUACCUCAUAUUAAACCCCGAAAGGGGCGCCAAUUUUCUCCCAAACUAUGCCUCCUUGGUUUGACAUUGGCAAUUGAGUUACGGUCCUGAUGUCUUCCUCAGCGGGCUUCGCAGCGGCCCAUAGGAGCGUCGCGAGCAUUCGCUCAGGACCAUCCCAGGGGCCUUCGACGCCGUCACGAAGUAUAAGUUCAACAUUCGGCUCACCGUCCACCAUACGCGCCGAUGAUGACAUUAUUGUGAUUGAGCUGGGCUCAAGACUUUUGCGCGUGGGUUUCGCGGGUGACCCGGUUCCCAAAGCGACCUUGCAAUGCGGACCGGAUGAGCAGAGGAGGGUGGGGGACUUCAGGGCCUGGCUGGAUCCGACAAAGACACCGGGGCAGGCGUGGUCAUCAGAAUAUGAGCUUUGGAGGUAUGACCUCAGUAAAGUAGAACUGGGUUUGGUUCAUGACAAGUUGGAUCGUCUUAUGAGAGAGGCUUUCUCAAAGUUUCUCCUCAUAGACUCCAAGCCGCGAAGAAUGGCAUUAGUGGCUGAUCCAUCUCUCCCGCUACCACUACUAUCUACUGUCCUUGACACAGCAUUUGGGCGCUUCCAGGCCCCAAUGGUGUCCCUUCUCUCGCCAGCGACAAUGUCUGCUGUGGCGGCUGGCGUCCGUUCAGCUCUCGUCAUCGAUAUUGGAUGGUCGGAGACGGUCGUCACAAGUGUUUACGAGUAUCGCGAAGUUAAGACCACCAGGUCCGUCAGGGCUGGCAAAUACUUCAACAACGAGCUAUACAGAAAGGUGCUACAUCCUCUCAUCGCCGAGGACCAAGGGAAAGAAGCCAAUACAGUGUCGGAAAAGUCUCAUGGCCAAGAGAACCCGACAAAGGAGAAGAUGGACCGUGACAGGGCCGUUGAUGUUGAAAAUGAGAAGGACCAUCGUCUCAGUUUCGAUGAGUCCGAAGACAUCAUGCGCCGUCUGGCCUGGUGCAGACCUACCAACAGAACAUCCCAGAGAACGUCAGCUCAGCUUGAAACGGUUGAGGAGCAGGACGAGAAUGAAGCUGAAGCGGGCAGCACUACUACGCCCGGGGCAGACAGGACGGCACACGUGCCGUUGCAAUCUUCGACUCCCCCAAAGACAAUCGACGUACCGUUCGAGAGGAUAGCAGACGUCUGUGGCGAUGUCUUUUUUGAGCCCUCCAUGAACCUUGCCCAUUUCGACGACCACGAGCUUCCGAUACACCUCCUCGCAUACAGGCAUCUCGCCGAGCUGCCGGUUGAUGUCCGCGCUAUUUGCAUGUCCCGCGUCAUCUUUAUCGGAGGCUGCUCCAAUAUCCUGGGCCUCAAACAACGAGUAAUUGACGAGACGACAUCGAUCAUUGAGACGAAAGGCUGGGAGCCGGCCUCUGGCAAAGCAGUGGACCAGUUGAGUAACAACUCGAAACUCAAGUGGAAGCCAACGAAGACGCCACAUUUGGAACAAGACCGGGAUGAGGAGGACGGCCUAUUCUCAGAGCAGGCCAAUGACUUUGAUCAAUUCGAGAGGGGCUUCAUGCGGCCCCGAAAGAAGGACCCGCCCGUGCAAGGACAUAUAAGGGCGCUGCAUUCCGUUGGGCCUUGGACUGGCGCAAGUCUGGCGUGUCAACUGAAGAUACCAGCGAUGGCAACGAUCGACCGCGAAUUAUGGCUGCAGCAGGGCGUCAAUGGUGCGUCGAGGCCUAACGACGUCGAUGUCAAGGCGCAACAGAGGCAGAGUAUGGGCGCAGGCGGUUUGAUUCGAGGUAGCGGUGGGCAGCAUACCAACUGGACGCUGGGGAAGUGGGGUGCUAUUUGAGUUGAAAGUACGUAGAGAUACCCAAGAAAUUGACUAACGUGGAGCAAUUUAUCAUGGCCAUUGGGCAUAUACUGGCUGGUCGUCUGUCCUGCACUAGUCCGUAUGAGAGUUCGGGGCAUGCUGCAAACACCAUCUACUUCAUAAUCUCAAAGAACAUGUCCUCAAAUUUUGGAAUGGGGUCAACUAUGCUUGUUAGUACAUAGCAGCUAAAUCGAAUAUAGAGCCAAUAUAGCCUUCCACUCUUGAAUUGAUG